AUGUUCAAGUUGACUUCCUUGGGUGUCUCUCCUGUCAGCAUCUUCUCUUGUCCCCAGGCAGAGCUGAUUGAGGAGGAAUUUGGAGGUGUUGUUGACCUGCCUGAGGAAAACCGAGAAGCAGCUUACAAUGCCAUUACCUUACCUGAAGAAUUCCAUGACUUUGAUCAGCCACUGCCUGACUUAGAUGACAUUGAUGUGGCCCAGCAGUUCAGCCUGAAUCAGAGUAGAGUGGAAGAGAUAACCAUGAGAGAAGAAGUUGGGAACAUCAGUAUUCUACAAGAAAAUUAUUUUGGUGACUUUGGAAUGGAUGAUCGUGAGAUAAUGAGAGAAGGCAGUGCUUUUGAGGAUGACGACAUGUUAGUAAGCACCAGUGCUUCUAACCUCUUGCUUGAGCCAGAGCAAAGCACCAGCAAUCUGAAUGAGAAAAUUAACCGUUUAGAAUAUGAAGACCAAUAAAAGGAUGACAAUUUUGGAGAGGGAAAUGAUGGUGGUAUAUUAGAUGACAAACUUAUUAGUAAUAAUGAUGGUGGUAUCUUUGACGAUCCCCCUGCUCUCUCUGAGACAGGGGUGAUGUUGCCCGAGCAGCCCACACAUGAUGAUAUGGAUGAGGAUGAUAAUGUAUCAAUGGGUGGGCCUGAUAGUCCUGAUUCAGUGGAUCCUGUUGAACCAAUGCCAACUAUAACUGAUCAAAUGACACUUGUUCCAAAUGAGGAAGAAGCAUUUGCUUUGGAACCUAUUGAUAUCACAGUCAAAGAAACAAAAGCCAAGAGGAAGAGAAAGCUAAUUGUUGACAGUGUCAAGGAAUCGGAUAGCAAAACCAUUAGAGCCCAACUUAGUGAUUAUUCUGAUAUUGUGACUACUUUGGAUCUGGCACCACCCACCAAGAAAUUGAUGAUGUGGAAAGAGACAGGAGGAGUGGAGAAACUUUUCUCUUUACCUGCCCAGCCUUUAUGGAAUAAUAGACUACUGAAGCUUUUUACACACUGUCUUACACCACUUGUACCAGAAGACCUUCGAAAAAGGAGGAAGCCAAGCCGCCUCCAGGAGUCAGUAAUGGAAACUAGCAGAACAAACUUGGAUGAGUCAGCCAUGCCACCACCACCACCUCAGGGAGUUAAAUGGAAGGCCGGACAAGUGGACCCAGAGCCUGUGAUGCCACCUCAGCAGGUGGAGCAAAUGGAAGUGCCUCCUGUCGAGCUUCCCCCAGAAGAACCUCCCAAUCUCUGUCAGCUGAUCCCAGAGCUAGAGCUCCUGCCCGAAAAAGAGAAGGAGAAAGAAGAUGAUGAAGAGGAGGAGGAUGAAGAUGCUUCGGGAGGUGAUCAGGAUCAAGAAGAAAGAAGAUGGAACAAAAGAACUCAGCAGAUGCUCCAUGGUCUUCAGCGAGCUCUUGCCAAAACUGGAGCUGAAUCUAUCAGUUUGCUUGAGUUAUGUCGAAACACGAACAGGAAGCAAGCUGCAGCAAAAUUCUACAGUCUCUUGGUUCUUAAAAAGCAGCAAGCUAUUGAGCUGACGCAGGAAGAACCAUAGAGUGACAUCAUCGCCACCCCUGGACCAAGAUUCCAUAUCAUUUGA